CAAGUCAAAGCUGAUAGUGCUGCACUGAACUUUAGUGUGACAGAAAUCAUUAUCUUUCAAAACAUCACACGAGCAACAGUGACUGCUGAUCUAGGUGGUGAGAUCGGAUGCGGGAGGGUUUGUGAUGAAAGGGCAGACAGCAGCGAUGGGUGACGGGUUUAAAAAAUGUUCGGCCUUUUCUUCACCUAGCACUUCAUGCUGAAGAGUCAACGCAUUGAUGAGAGCAGUUCUAGAAUGGAGGAGCUUAGACCUGCAUGAGCGGUCCAGUCACAUCUCUUGAACAGCUUCAAUCAUGAUAAACGAAUCCAAAGAUGAAUCCACAACCACUGGCAACAGUGAACAUUCUGCAAGGACGCUACCCAACGGGGUUACUGGAGUUCAUACAAAAACCCUGAGUCUGCUGCAGGGGUUACGCUUGUGUCAGGACGCCUGGGCUCCCAAAAGCCCCUGGGACAGACACGGUGCCCACACUGCUCUAUGGGGCAGACCUGUCGGGAGCUUUCUGGUGGUGGAAGGGUCUUCGCCUAAUGAACAGCUCCUGUGCAUAUCUGUAGGGAGUGAAGGCGAGCCAGUCAAAGACUUUCCCAUCGUGACCACAGGCAAAGUUCUUCAGCUGACAACGUCUCAUCUGGCAUUCCCUGAUGUCUUUCAACUGCUGCACUUCUACACACUGAGCAGGGAUGUGUUACCUGUGUGUUUAUUGGUUCCAUCAUGGGUUUACAUGCUUAACAGUCUUUCGGAUUGUCUUGCCUCUUCACUCGGUCCAAAAGCUUGGCUGUGUUCAUCCUCAGAUCCACAAACUAUUAAUAUGACUCCAGGAACACCACAAACAGAAAUGCCAGAAACUGUCAUGUGCACUAUACAGCUUACAGCAGCCAAUGGUGCUCUGUGCUUCAUCAAUCCCAUGUACCUCCAUGAGCACGGCGAUGAUUGGCUGACUCGUUCUUCAGCCAGCCCACAUCUUGCCAACAGUCCAAUCAGCUCGAAGCGAGAGAGGAGGUUAAGCACGACAAGAGCAUGGGAAGGGAGGGGACUAAAACAAAGGCCAACCUCUCUCACCAGUGAGAACUCCUGCAGCUUUGAUCACGAUAGAGGAUCAUUUGAGAAGAGUCCAGUCUCUCCAUCUACGCCCAGUGGAGUUGUGCUUCGAAGGGGAAGUAGUGCUACCAAGCAAGAUCCACUCAAGAGAGGAAGUACAGACUCCAUUCACAGUCCACUCCCUCAGUCACCGCACCGCGUGUCAUGGGUAGAGGACAAGAUAUGGCUGAAUGCAUCACCUUCUUCUUCUCUGCUUCACCUGCCCUUAGAGCUGGACUCACUGUCUGUCAGUAGUAUUGAGGAGGAGUCUGAACCCGUCUCAUGCCCCUCCCCAUCCCAACAGUUGCCCCGCCUCCCUUUGGCAGAUAAGGUAAAGAACCGCCUCUCGGCAGUGGGUCAAGCUCUGGGUGGACUUGUGUCGCCACAGCGGCGACUGACCAAACGUGUGCAGGAGAUGGCAGAGCGGAAGGAUGGGCCUUUUGCAGAGGCUGUCAAGGCAUUUGUAGAGCAGACUCUCGCAGCUGGAAGCGCUCCUGGGGUGACGUGCACCGAGAUGCUGCAGGAAGUGCGUUCCUCUCUCACAGCCCUGAGGGAAACUCUGUUUGAUUAUCCAGAGAUCCAAAGCAUCACAGACGGACUCGGAGAUAUGCCUGAUUUUGAACUGGAUGCUAUACUGGAGCUUGCCCUCCAUAAGGUAGCUUUGAAGCCAGUUUACACUCAUCUUUACGUUGGCCUGAAGACGACACGCAGGGACGACGAAACACUGCAACGUUUGGAGACGAACAAGAGCACACUGGAGAACCGCAGUCUGGAGGAGCUGGAGGGGUCGGCAGGGGCUGGCGUUCCUGAGACCAUCAUGAUGGAGAAAAUCCUGCAAUGCUGGACCACAAUGCAUGAGGCCUACUCACCUAGUAAAAAAGUUCACACUCUGCUUAAAGUCUGCAAGAUUAUCUACCAUAGCAUGAAUGCUAAUGCUAAGCCCGGUGUGGUUUUUGGGGCAGAUGACUUCCUGCCAUGUCUGACGUGGGUGUUGCUGCGUAGUGAUGUUACCACACUGCAGGUUGACACUGACUAUAUGAUGGAGCUACUGGACCCCACACAGCUGCAAGGAGAGGGUGGUUACUACCUCACGUCUCUAUACGCCGCCCUGUUUUAUAUCAGCAGCUUUCGGCCACGUCUGGCUAAGCGGCAGCUCAGCGCCGAAGCGCAGAACUCUCUGAGCCAAUGGCAUCGCAGACGCACUCUUCACUGCAACCAAUCACGGCGCAGCAGAAACCGUAGGACCAUACGCAGACACGGGCCGGCAGAGGGAGUCCCUGCCCCAUCGGAGGACCAUACGAACACAGAUUCUUCCAACCCAACCGACAGCAACUCAACAAACUCUAUCGCGCAAGAAACGCUCCUGAGUCUGGAUGAAGAAUUAGAGGUGGUAGAGGAAGAAGAGGACACUUCAAAUGGACAACAAACACAGCUACAAGAGACAUUAAAUGUCGCAGAGGAUAAUGAGAGAGGGGCUGGUGUAAACUGGAAAGAAGAUUAGUGAAAAUAUCUAAAUCCACUAAUAUAUCCUCUUUGACCACUAGGGGGAACUAUUGUACAUGUGUUUUUCCCCCCAAAGAUAUAGAAAGGUUUGUUUGUUUAACCGUACCAAAAUAGUUCUGAUGGUGUUGACUUUAUUCUUUCAUAAUAUUAUUAUUAUUUAUGUUUACUGAAUUAUUUAAAUGGUAUUUUUGCUUGUUUAUUGUAGAUCGCAACUGGUUUUCAUUUUCGUCAACCGACAACACACAUUAUUCAGACUAGACAUGAUAUAUCAUGCAAUGUAUUUCUUUCGAUUUCCUUAUAAAUCCAGUCCUUACUGCUUUUCAGUAAUAAUAUAGGGCACAUAAACAUGCAUAAACACAUAAAUGUUAUGAAAUGCUUACAUGUUUGUUUGUACAGAGUCAUCCAUCUAUACACAGCCUGCAGGAACCAGGUUACAAGCUCCAUCAUGUAUUAAAAAGCUGGCAUUCAGCAUGUUUUGACACACAACAAUUUUUCAUGUUGAAAGAUAUAUUCCGUCUCUCCACUGCAGCAAAAUCCAAGCUCAUGAAUCCUGUUUAGGAAGCAAAGGUACACAUGCAACAAUGGCACAUGCUUUGCGGUCAAACCUGCAUGAUUCUGCACUUUUCCAUCAUGUUUAGAUGCAUAAUUCACCCAGGACAAAGCAUACAUUUGAUAAACAGGCUUUUGAUAAAGUCGCUGAAUACAUGGAUGGUUAAAGCCUGAGGCGUCUUUUUCAAACCCACACACACACAUGCUUGAUCACAUCUGAUCUGAGAUGAUAUGAUUGACAGUUCUGUAAGGACUGGAAGCCUGGAGAAAGUGGCUGUUGAUGGAGAUUAAUAGAGAAGAGCCAAUGGCAAAAUGCUCCCCAGCCCUUUCAAAGCAAUUAUUCUCAACAUUAAUCUAAUGGAUGGAUCAUUAACAACCUGCCUGGAUUUGUACGUACCACACAAACAUUCACACUUCGCAUCCAAAUUUGUCACAUAUUUUUCCUCCGGUUUUAGAUUUCUCUCAUUUCAACAGCUUACUUGUGAAAAUGCUUCAUGAUGGGUGUAAAUUGUGAUCUGAUUCAUUUGUGCAUUUACAUUUGUGCAAUUGGCAGAUGAUUUUAUCCAAAAUGAUGUGAACUGUGGUGUUUUACAAUAAGCAUAACAUUUUGAGUUAAACAUCUAAUUGCACAAGCUGGGGCAAGUUGUCAACUUUUUUUAUUCUAUUGGGGUGACACUUUACAAUUCAUUAUUAUUAGUUAAUGUUUAGCUAAUAUAAUCUAACAAUAAGAGCAAUAUAUAUGUAUAUAUAUAUUUAUAUAAACGCAGUUGGUUUGUUUUGAUUUAAGCCACAAUAACAAAAAAUACAGCUAACUAACAUAAUAAAACACAAUAAAAACAUGAUAGGACAAUAAAAGUUAUCUUUAUCUCAUUUUGGAAACGAACUGUAUAUAUAUAUAUACAGCAUUCAUUAACCUUAAAUAAUGU